GGAUGUUGCGUCACCACUGCUUUAAAGCAGACAGAGCCGAUCCGAGCCAGGCCACAAAUCCGGAGCGGAUGGAUCGAGUCCGAACCUGAAGUCGUGGACUGAGAGCCGCACCGGGACGUGGACCAAAGGGCCGUAGACGGAGCGGACUGAAGACCGAGUUUCGGAGCUUUAAAGCGUGCUGAAAGCGCCUCGGUAUACGGGACUCCUCUUCCAAAAUGGCCGAUGCCGAUGUGUCCCCGUCCCCGGCUCUCCAUUCGCUCCGCCUUUCGCACUCUGUUCCUCCCCCUCCUCCUGCCUCAUCCUCCUCCCCGACAACCUUCUCCUGCCCCUCCUCACCCUCCAGUGCCUCCUCUUCCUCCUCUACUUCAUCCACUUCCUCUUGCUCUGAGAGCUCCUCAGACUUCCCCACUCACCAUCAUCACCACCACCAUCAUCACCACCACCACCACCCUCAUUACCGUCACCCUCGGCCACAGCUGCAGCUGCCCCCGCCCCCCCACGGCGAGCAGACUUCCUCACCUAGCGCCAGCCCCCGCAGCUCCUCCCCCAGCGGGAGCAUCGGCAGCACCGGCAGCCUCGGCAGCAGCAGCGCCAGUGAGGGCAUCGGCAGCAGCGGCACAUCGAGCGGGGGCGACCCGCGAGGACCGAGCCCCCCACUGGAUGUCAUCUCAGAGGACGCCAUGGAGAUGGACCUGGUCGUCGACCAAGUCAUUGACCCAGAGGUGGCGCUGAAGGCGUGCCAGGAAGUGCUCCUCAAAGUGAAGCUGCUGGACAACAAGCAGCAGGACGAUCAACAGCAGCACUCAACAGAUGUGGCUGAGCGUGGCGCUGGGACGUGGCACAUCAACCCCGACACCAGCUCCAUCAAAGAGGAAGAUGAGGAACAGGAGGAAGGGCAGAAAGAUGGUGAAACAUCAUCCCUGUCUGAACCGACUCCGUCAGCUCAGCUGAAGUCUUCCUCACCGUCAUCGUCAUCGAAACAGUCGUGGCUGCUGCGCCUGUUUGAGUCAAAGCUGUUCGACGUGUCCAUGGCGAUUUCCUAUCUGUACAAGUCGAAGGAGCCGGGCGUGCAGGCGUACAUCGGGAAUCGCCUCUUCAGCUUCCCCGACAACGAGGUCGACUUCUACCUGCCGCAGCUGCUAAACAUGUACGUGCACAUGGACACCGAGGUGGGCGACGCCAUCAGACCAUACCUGAUCCAUCGCUGCAGAGCGAGCAUCACCUUCUCGCUGCUCUCCGCCUGGCUGCUUGGCGCCUACUCUUCCGACAUGCACAUCUCCACCCAGCGUCACUCCAGAGGCACCAAACUCCGGAAGCUUAUCCUGUCCAACGAGCUCAACCCUCCUGCAUCUGACGCUCCUCGGCCAUUGUCUGCAUCUGUUUCUGAGAGCCCCUUGUCAUCGCCGUCCCACCGCCGUCACCGCAGACACAACAGCAGCAACUCCGAGGCCCCCUCUGCCUCUGUGGUCGGCCCCGCACCUGAGAGCCCCGGGCCUGGGGAGCCGGAGGUGUUUGUUUCCCCGUCCAGGAGGACCCACCAGAGAUCCAAGUCAGACGCCACCACGGCGAGCAGCGGGCCUGGUGCCGGUCUCCGACGAACUGGCAGUAACCCAAAGGUGGAGGUGGUGCACGAGGAGCCCGAGCGCCUCCGUCCUCAGAGGGAGUUCAUCAAGUCUCUGCUCUGCAUCGGGAAGCGUUUGGCCACGCUGCCGACCAAAGAGCAGAAGACUCAGCGGCUGAUCUCGGAGCUGUCGCUGCUCAACCACAAGCUGCCGGCCCGAGUGUGGCUGCCCACCGCCGAGCACCAGCACCACGUCUGCAGGGUCCCCCACACCCAAGCCGUGGUUCUCAACUCCAAGGAUAAGGCUCCAUACAUCAUUUAUGUGGAGGUGUUGGACUGCGACAGCUUUGAGACAUCUCCUGUUCCUCUUCGCAUCCCAGAGACAAGGAUACGCUCGGCCCGCUCUGCAGAGAACCUGGACUGCAGCACCGUGGCUAAUGGCGGCGGCAGUAUGACAUCAGAGCACAGAGCGGGAAGUUUCUCCACCGUCCCAAACUAUGACAAUGAUGAUGAGGCGUGGGCCACAGAUGAUAUCGGGCAGCUGCAGGUGGAGACAGAGGCUCAGACCAGCAGCAGCGACAACAUCAGUCAGUUUUCAGUCGACAGCAUCACGAGUCUGGAGAGUAAAGAGCCGGUGUUCAUCGCUGCUGGAGACAUCAGACGGCGCCUGUCCGAGAACCUCGCUCACACUCCCACCUCCUUCAGGAGGGACCCUGAGGACCCAUCAGCCGUCGCCCUCAAAGAGCCCUGGGAGGAGAAAGUCAGGCGGAUCCGGGAGGCCUCUCCAUACGGUCACCUGCCCAACUGGAGGUUGCUGUCGGUCAUAGUGAAGUGUGGAGACGACCUGAGGCAGGAGCUGCUAGCCUAUCAGGUCCUCAGACAGCUGCAGUCCAUCUGGCAGCAGGAGAGAGUUCCUCUGUGGAUCAAACCCUACAAGAUCCUCGUCAUGUCUUCAGACAGCGGGAUGAUCGAGCCUGUCCUCAAUGCCGUCUCUUUGCACCAGGUGAGAAAACAGAGUCAGCUGUCGUUGCUUGACUACUUCCUGCAGGAACACGGCAGCUUCACCACCGAGGCCUUCCUCACCGCUCAGAGGAACUUUGUCCAGAGCUGUGCUGGAUACAGCCUCAUCUGUUACCUGCUGCAGGUCAAAGACAGACACAACGGGAACAUCCUGCUGGACUCUGAAGGCCACAUCAUCCACAUUGACUUCGGCUUCAUCCUCUCCAGCUCUCCUCGCAACCUCGGCUUCGAAACGUCUGCCUUCAAACUGACCUCGGAGUUUGUGGAUGUGAUGGGUGGGCUGAACGGAGAUAUGUUCAACUACUAUAAGAUGCUGAUGCUUCAGGGUCUGAUCGCAGCCCGGAAACACAUGGAGAAGGUGCUGCAGAUCGUCGAGAUCAUGCAGCAAGGUUCCCACCUGCCCUGUUUUCACGGCUCGAGCACCAUCCGCGGCCUGAAGGAGCGUUUCCACAUGUCUCUGACGGAGGAGCAGCUGCAGCUGCUGGUGGAGCAGCUGGUGGACGGGUCCAUGCGCUCCAUCACCACCAAACUCUACGACUCCUUUCAGUAUGUCACCAAUGGCAUCAUGUGACCCAAAAUGCUGUGAGGUCACCUUCAGACAUGGGGUUGGAACUGAGUGAAGAUGGCAGCUGGAAUCAGAAACGCUAACAGAUGUUUUUUUUGUUUUUCUGCGCUGCUACGUGAUUUCAUUCAGACCUGACGGACCUCUACUGGACUCGACUAAGCCGGCAGUCUGAGGGAUUACCACUUCUGUUUAGAAGUUGCUGCUGGAAGACGGGAUGGAGACAGAAAUCAUUUCAUCACAUCAUUUCUGAAAAUGUGCAGAUUAGAUUUCCAGCUGCUCGUCACACGGAAACGACUGAAAUCAUCACUGCUGUUUUUAACCAGCUGAUUAAUCAGAUCACUACUAAACCGACCAGCAGCAGAGCUCAUACCAACCGUUUACAGAAACAACCACCAAUAUUCGUUAAUUAGGAAAAGAAAAUAGCUCACACAGUGGAGGAUACAAAAACAUUUUUCUCAACAAAAAGAGUGAAUCUGAAUCUUUCAGAUUCCUCGUAAGCUUAAAUUUAAAAAAAUCUGUUUUUUUCUGAAAAUUUGUCAGCAAACAUCCUGUAAUUACAGACUCUCCUUUUUCAGAGAUGAAACUCUUGUAAUCAUGAAACCCGAGAUUUGCUUUCUAAGGACAGGAGUGCAGAAGUCGCACACUUUCUCCAGAUAAUUUCUCUUCUUUUAAAAUGAAGUGAGACAUGAAACCAUCAGAGGCUCAAAUGCGAGUUUGGUUCAGGCUGACGUGGCAGCAGCUUGUUCCUCAUAAUGUUUAAAUGAGGUCCCGAGUGGACGCGAACACCAGCAGUGACUGAAGGAGUUUGUCUGCUCUCAGAAACAGAAACACUGAGGAAAAAGCACAACAUUAACUUUGUGUUCUCUGCACGCUCAGAGAAAAGGUUUUAGAAAGAAACGGGGGCGGCUGAAAUAUCCGUGUUCCUGUUUGAAAUGCAGUCUGAGAAUAUUGGUUCAUCUUCCAGCAGCAUUCCUCCAUGAGUUGAAUUCCUGUUGUUUUCACCAGACAUUUAUCACAACCACAGCUCGUCAUUAGUGCUGUUUCUCUGCAGUUUCACUAACGUUUUAUCACCGAGCGCGUCAAACGUGUCUGCGUUUGUGGGCUUCCGUGAGUGAAAGUGCCGUAAUUGUUGGCUGUGAAGCACAACUUUCCAGCUUUCAGAAACCAUUUAAACUAAUCUCAGUAAUGGAAAAUGUGCUUGCACAGAUCUGCCGGCAGCGAUAGUUCGGUGUUAAAGGCUACAUUUCCCCUAGCUUCUAUCCCUGCUCUUUGUUUUUAAUUCUCAGACUGCACGAUUCCUUCGUUGUUACUAAAACUUCCUGAUUAUUUUUUUCACUCAGUAAAUUUCCCAGCCAGACAAAUAUGUGUCUUUUUAGCCAAGGCACUGUCAUGUUAGCCAUGCUAAUGGAUGCUACUUACAGCUUAUAGAGUUUGGAGCAAACUCUGGAGACUGUAAAUUAAAGGUUUAAGUUAUAAAAUAUGUUUUAUAUCAUUAGUGGAGAUCUCUGUAUUUUUGUUAGUUUCUGUUUUCACCAAAAGCCUAGCUAUCGAGCUGAAGCUCAUCAGAACAACAUAAUUUGGUGGAAAUAUGAGUUAAACUUCUUCUCACACGAAUAGUUUUGUGUGAUUUUUCUCAAUAUAAAAUUAAAAUAUUUAUUAGUGUCAUUGCUGUAGUAUGUGCCCUUUUACUAGCUAAUAAUUACCAAACUAAAGGCUAACCACCUAGCUGUUGUUGUUACAGAAGAUCAGCAAUAGUCUUAUGAAAACAAUAGAAUGUAACUUUAUUAAAAAUAUAUUGCAGUUGUUUGUUAGAUAUUAACAUGACAGUGUCCUGGUUAAAAUUCUUGCUAGCUUUUUUUUUUUUUCUAAAUAUAAGUUUGAGUUUUUAUUCUUGCAUAACUGUGAUUGGAUGUUAGAAAUCUAAAUGCAACACAAUAAAGAAAAAAAGCCUACUUUUUUCUGAUUGGCUGACUUCCAGUAGCCUGUAGAGGGGCAGCACUUAAUGCUCAUGAGCUGUACUGCCUGUAUGAACAUUUGACCAGCUAGCAUCAGCACAAAAAAAACCCCACAAUAAGUUGCCUUGAGAGCUUUCAUAGAAAUUUUGUGACUUGUUAAUUUAGGAGAAGUAUAAUAAACUAUUAAACAUUUAUCAAAUGUGACAAGUGUCUGGUGAAAAAAAAAAAAUUGGUGAUUUUAGUGUUUGUUAUGCUGUCAUUUUAGGUCUGAUUUCAAUUUCUGAAAAAAAAUUAUUGUAAUCGUUUUUUUUAUUAUUGUAUUUUCUUCAACUCGAUGACUCUGCAGUGUUGGAUUUCAAAAAAGGAACAGGAAGAUUAAUUGUGGCUAUUUUGAGCCAAAAUGGCUGCCCAGCUGCAGCAAAAUGGUUCUUAUGAGGAGAAUUGAACCACUUAUCACUUUGUUACAUGAAUCAAUAUUUACAUGCUAAAAACUCAAUAGUGUUCUUCUCUGAUUGGCCCCAAUAUACAUUCCUGUGGCUAAUGCUGGCCAAUCAGAAGAGGUGGCUCUGUGGACACCGACCUGUUUAUUUUCUUUGAGACUGAUGAUCAGUUUCCUGAACAUGUGAAUGUUUUUAAAUUAACAGCCACUGAAACUAACAUCGUUUUUCUCAGACAUGCUUUCAGUGUUGAGCUAAAACAGUUUCAGCUUUAAUGAUGAAGAUGACGGGACUGAUGCUGUAACGCUGGCUUUAUUCCAGUGUCCUACACAGAGAAACAUUUUUGUGUGUAUUUGGAAUACACUUAUCUACUUAAAAUACUAAAUUAGGAGUUUUUACGAUGUGUUCGUAGCCUAGCUAACAACACAGUUGUCAUGUCUUUAAAUAUUAGCUUGUCCCUCUUGCACUUUGCCGUUUUAUUCAUUGGAGGCUGUCUGGUUGCACAUUUAGCUGCAGUUCCAUUUGUGAUCACAAUUUAAAAAAAAAAAAAAGCUUGUUACUGCUAAACACUAAGCUAAUGGAGCUAGCAGAGUGCAGUUACUGAUUCGUUAACGUACUGCUGGAGUUAGCUGGAGAGCAAUGUUGCAGACCCCUCUAUGACUUUUCAAAAAAGGUACUAGCAACAAAUCUAGCAACUUUUCCCGGCGUUAUGACAUCAUAUAACAGCUUCUAGCAACUUUUAGGACAGCCAAUUGCUACUUUCCCUACCGAGGAAUUGGCAACAUUGCUAGUUGACCAUUAGCAUGACAAUGACUUUGUAGCCAAGUACAUUUUUUUUGUGUGUGUGUGUACAGAGAAAUUUGUAUUUGAAAUUAAUAUUAAAACUAUUAGCGGUAAAGCCAAACUAAAGGUAAAUGAAUUACCUUAUUAUAAAACCAAACUUGGCUACUGAGUCAUUGUCAUGGUAAUGAUAACUACUUAAACUUCUUUUUGCAAAUAUAAAAAAUAUAUUUUAAUAAGUGGAUAUGAUUAUUUUGACUAUUGCAUAUCCUUUAGCUAAAGCUCCUAACUAUAUGCUGGAGUCACUUUUAGCAAACUAAUUAAAAGUUUCCUAUUUUAUUGUGUUACACAACAGACAGACUCUUCUAAAAUUAUUAAAAAGUUGUUUUAUUCUCCUGCUGCAGUUGAUUAUAAGCCAUCAGCAAGACUGCCUGAAACUCACAAAAUCAAUACGUUAAUCCAACUUAUGUUUACAGCAACCACUAAUACCAGGACUACUGUAAAAUAAAACUGGAACGACUGGCUAGCUGAGCCCUUAUUGCAGUUUUACUCCCUGUUGUUUGCGAAUUAUCUUCGUGUUGUUUCUGCUGAUGUUAAUGCAUAAUUAACUGCGAUAAGAGGAAAGGUCGGCCAGUGGAAAGUAGCUGCUUCUUGCUGGAACAAAGCCGGCGUUUGAUGGCACGGUCACACGGCUGAUUUCUGGAUGUUCUGACCACUAUUGAAGGAGAAAGAGGUCUGUUGUUGUGAAUGCAGCAUCACAUUACCGUUAGUCUGAGGUUUACCAGAUUAGCAUUACUCUUGCAUUCAUUCUUGUUAAUUAUUUGUGAAUAUGUACAUGAACGGAGUUUGUUUUCCCGUGAGAAAAAUUGAUGCCUUGAGACGUACAGAAGGUACAAAUUUAUCAAUGCAACAGGAGGGACGAACUGUUCGGCCCUCAGAAGUGCUUUUAUACCUGAUGUUUGACGGCAUCAGGGACAAGUUUCAGUAUUGGUGUCCUCCUCGCUUACGCGCAUUUAUUUACAAUUCAUAGUCAUACAAUUCUUCAACUCUUUACAAAUUUUGUCUAAUGUAAAGUCACUGGUGACCUUUGGUAUCGCUGUUAAAGGCAGAGAUGCCUGUAAAGUAAAGCAGAAUGAAGGCGUUAAAUUGGAUUUUGGAGGAAACCUGUUGGUUGAAACUCGUCCCUGCUCCUGAAAACCUUUCAUUGCCUUCUUUCUUUCAUCAGCUCUGAACACAGUUUCAAUGUGAAAAACGUUUAAGUGCAUUUAUGAAAUGUUUGUCAUUUGUAAAUGAUUCUUUGUUUUCAAUUUUUACUAAAACAUUUAAACACUAAGUCAUCACCGCAGCCAUUUUAGUGUUUGUUUUUCAAAACGCAUUUCUAUGGCAAAUGCUAACGAUGCUAACGUCAUGGUCAACGUUACUUUUCACUGUGUGAAGAAAAAUUGUAUGAAAACAGUCUUCAGUGGUUUCUGAGGUAUUUCACAAACAGCUUCAUCUCAGGAGACAGGAGGAAGCUUCAGAGUGAGGAUGAGGAGUCUGGCCAACAAUGAAGUUACCAUUACCAUGCCAUUGGUGCAUUUCUGCUAACAGAAAAUACACAAAAUAUUAACUCAAAUUUUAUUUUAUUUAAGUGCAAAAUGAUGUGGAAAAAUAUUUUUGUGGAAAUUAGAGUAAAUGAGUGACACAAACCUGAGUCAUUCUGUUUAAAGAUGUUAUCAUUUGGCAGUUAUUUCUAAACUGAUGGUCUGUGAAAUGCUUUAAUUUUCUCUACAUUUAAAUCUGAACCUCGACCCUCUCCUGCAGCUCCUCCUCGCCUCCGAUCAAAUUCAGAAUGUAAAUCUGCGUCUCUACAGCGAGAUGUUGGAAUAUUUGUGUUCAUUUGUUAAAAUCCAGCUGACGAGUGGAGGUGUGUUCCUGUUUGUCUGCCUCAGUUUUUCAUCAUGUACAGAAAACCUCGUCCGUCCUUCACGUCCUGACUAACUGCAUGGCGACUUAUUCAAUAAACCUGGAAC